AUGACUCCAGCACAAAAGCCAUAUUUGGAUGCAAUAAGAGCUACGCUUCAAGCAGCAUUUUGUAUUGAAAAUUUCGAGUCACAAAUUGUUGAAAGGCAUAAUAAACCAGAAGUGGAAGUUAAAUCUUCUAAACAAUUAUUAUUAAAUCCAGUUAUUAUUAGUCGUAAUGAUAGAGAACGAGUUUUAAUUGAAGGCUCUGUUAAUUCUGUUCGCUUGAGUAUUGCAGUUAAACAGUCAGAUGAUCUUGAAAAGAUAUUGUGUAAACGCUUGAUGCGUUUCAUGAUGCAACGUGCAGAUGAUUUUCAUAUUUUACGUCGAAAAACUGUUCCUGAUUAUGAUAUUAGUUUUUUGAUAACAAAUUUUCAUGCUGAAACAAUGUACAAACAUCGUCUAGUUGAUUUUGUGAUACAUUUUUUAGAAGAAAUAGACAAGGAAAUAAGUGAAAUGAAAUUAGCUGUUAGUUCGAGAGCACGUCUGUGUGCUGAAGAAUUUUUGAAAAAAUUUAAUUAA